AUGGAAAAUAAAGUCUUCCGCCAUCUACUGUUCUCUCUGGCAUUCUUCCAUGGUGUACUGAUUGAAAGAAAGAAAUUCGGUGCUCUUGGUUUUAACAUUCCUUAUGAGUUUACUGAUGGCGAUCUGCGCAUCUGCAUGGAUCAACUGAUCAUGUUUUUAUCGGAAUAUCACGAAGUCCCAUUCAAGGUCCUCGGAUAUACAGCAGGCCACAUCAAUUAUGGCGGACGCGUAACAGACGACUGGGACAGACGCUGUGUGAUGAAUAUCCUAUCCGAGUUUUAUUCUUCAGUCGUGGUUAAUGACAGUUUUAGCUACUCUGAGUCGGGCAUCUACAAACAGAUUCCUGGCACUUCUGAUCACUCGGCCUACUUGGAAUACCUACGAAGUCUGCCUCUAAACGAUCUGCCUGAGAUUUUCGGUUUACACGACAACGCUAAUAUAACAUUUGCGCAGAAUGAGACCUUUGCUGUGUUAGGGGAUUUGAUUAAACUACAGCCGAAAUCCUCGAGUGGCGGACAGGCCACUGGCAAGUCUCGUGAUGAAAUUGUGGAGGAUUUGGCAAAAAGCCUGUUGGAGAGAUCUCCCGAAGUGUUCAACCUGCAAGCUGUCAUUGAAGCUUACCCGAUUCUUUACGAACAGUCAAUGAACACUGUGCUUCAGCAGGAAGUCAUUCGUUAUAAUAAACUCUUGGGAACAAUACGGGUGACCCUGAACGACCUAAUCAAAGCUGUCAAGGGCUUGGUCGUAAUGUCCUCCGCCCUGGAGGAAAUGUCAGUCUCGCUCUUCGACAAUCAAGUGCCAACUCUGUGGGCUAACCGAGCUUAUCCCAGUCUAAAGCCAUUGGCGUCCUGGAUAGAUGACCUUGUUCAGCGAGUAGAUUUCAUUAAACGCUGGAUAGGAGAAGGCAUUCCGUCGGUAUUCUGGAUUAGUGGGUUUUUCUUUCCCCAAGCCUUUCUAACAGGUACUCUACAGAACUAUGCUAGAAAGAAACAUAUCUCCGUGGAUACCAUUACAUUUGAUUUUAAGGUUAUGGAUGAGAGUACAGCCGAGUUGACUGAACUGCCAACUGAUGGCUGCUAUAUUCGUGGCCUAUUUCUGGAGGGCGCAAGAUGGGACUACACCAAGCACAGGUUGUCUGAAUCUCGACCAAAGGAGCUCUUCACCAACAUGCCGGUCAUUUGGCUGAUUCCAUUGGGAAACAGAAAAUCUCCAGAAAAUCGAAUUUACGAGUGUCCUGUUUACAAGACUUUAACCAGAGCGGGUAAGCAUAAUUCCACAUUCCGCAUGCCCUGUCUCUGA